AUGCAACAAAUGAAGUUAGUUCAAUACAUUUUUCUUCUAUUCUUACCACUGAUGUUUGCGUAUCCAAAUCCACCAACAAAUGAUUAUGAACGGUUUUUGAGCAUGUACGCGAAACAACGGUCAGCGCAUCAAGACACAAUGAAACACGGAAAUUUGGAUGAUGAAUACAUUAUUCGUCAACAACAAAUGUUUCCAUUCUUUCCGAUGCAACAACAACAACAACCGGGACAAUUUCAACAAAUGUGUCUCCCACACAUAUGGACUUGUGGUCCUAAUUUACCACCAUGCUGUCCUGGCUUAAUGUGCUAUGAUGGUAAUGCAAAACGAGGUCGUCAUUGUGUUGCUCGUGGAUAA